GAAGAUCAAACACUGUGGAGAGAUUGCGAUUAAAAAUCUGAUUUUUAAAACCCAGCUCCGUCUCGCGACACCAUGCCCACCGCUCAAAUAAAUUCCCCUUCACGGCCUCACACCGCCAGAGGUCUCCUAGGGAUCCAUCGCGCGCUGCCCAAGAGGAAGAUCAUCAAAUCCAGAGCUCCGGUGGAAAGUAUGGCUCCAGCCCAAUUCUUGCUCCUCUUGUCCAUCCUCGCGGCAUUCUCCGCCCAAAUCGCCCGCGGCGAUGCCGAUCCCUUCCAGGACUUCUGCGUCGCCGACGUCAACUCCACCAUCAAAGUGAAUGGCUUCGUCUGCCUGCCCAGUGCCGCGGUCACGCCGGACCACUUCUCCUCCAACGCGCUCGCCAAGCCCGGCAACACCUCCAACAAGCUGGGAUCUGCCGUCACCACCGCCAACGCUGCUCGCUUCCCGGGCCUCAACACUCUGGGCGUCUCCAGUGCCCGCGUCGACUACGCCCCCGGCGGCCUCAAUCCUCCUCACGUCCACCCGCGAGCCACCGAGCUGCUCUUCCUGGUCGAGGGAAAGCUCUACGUUGGCUUCGUCACCACUGCCCCCGAUAACAAGCUCUUCGCCAAGACCAUCUCCGCCGGUGAGAGCUUCGUGUUUCCCAAAGGUCUCAUCCACUUCCAGCUCAAUGUGGGCGAUUCUCCUGCGUUUGGCCUCGCGGCUUUCGGGUCCCAGAACGCCGGAGCGUCGCAGGUUGCCAAGGCGGUGUUUGCUUCCAUGCCGGCGAUCGAGGACGCGGUGCUGGAGAUUGCCUUCCAGGUUGACAAUGGCGAGAUCAAGCAUCUGAAAGAAGUGAUCAGCAAGACAUGAGCCAAGUGAAAAGAGUGACUUUUCUCGUACCUCGUUCGUUCCUUUUUCUUUUUCUUUUUGGUUUUGGUGGUCCUCUUUGCCGUGCUCUUCCUCUUUCGGAUGCCUUGCUCGGGCAUUUCGCGUUUUUUCGCGUCCUUGUCUUUUGAUAAUGUCUUUUGAUAAUACUAUAUAAGUUUUCGUUUGUC